UGACAGGUAGUCGGGUAAUUGGUAGAACAGCUGAUAUUUUAUAGGUUAUGUAUGUUAUGAGUUCGAGUUGAGAAGUAUUUAUUUAAUAUUAAAUUAAAGUUUUUUGGAACAACAGUAAAGUAUAUUAAAAAUGUUAUGUAUACGUCGCUCGCAGCGCUGGUUUAAGCCAGCCACGCAACAAAUGUACAGCAAAUGUCAAUGUUCUUCUGAUUCAUCUAGACCGACAGUUUAUUCUUUGAUAAAGAAUAAACUGAAACAGGGUCCUGGUUUGAAGGAAUUUAUCGUUGGAUCUUCUGAGCCAAUCCUGACUGAACGCCCUUAUAUACCUUACUUGCCGGAAAACAUUCAAGAUACUUCAAAAAGGAAAAUUUUCUUUGAUGUUUAUGGUUGUCAAAUGAACUUAAAUGAUACUGAUAUUGUGUGGUCUAUUUUGAAGAAGGAAGGUUUUGAGAAGACGGACGUCGAAGAGGACGCAGAUAUUUUCUUGGUUAUGACAUGUGCUAUUAGGGAAGGCGCUGAGAAUAAAAUUUGGCACCGUUUAGAUCAUUUACGAGGGUUCAAACGACGUCGAGCUCAGUCGAAGGUUAAUAAAACUCCUGUGAAAAUUGGUUUGCUUGGAUGCAUGGCAGAGAGAUUAAAAGAAAAAUUGAUAGAGAAGGAGAAGGCAGUUGAUGUAGUGGCAGGGCCUGACAGCUAUAGAGACCUUCCUCGCCUACUUGCCCUGACAGAGAGCGGACAGACAGCAGUCAAUGUACUCCUGUCAUUAGAUGAGACAUAUGCUGAUGUGGUGCCUGUCAGGCUCAAUCAGGACAAUGUAUCAGCGUUUAUCUCAAUAAUGCGCGGCUGCGACAACAUGUGUACAUACUGCAUCGUCCCUUUCACCCGCGGCCGCGAGCGCUCUCGACCAAUCACGUCCAUAGUCGACGAGGUCCGCCAUCUCGCAGAUCAGGGCGUGAAGGAGAUCACGCUUUUGGGGCAGAACGUGAAUAGUUACAGAGAUAUUUCGCAGCCGACGGAGAAGAAAGACACCCAGAUGGCAAAAGGUUUCAAAACAGUGUACAAAACUAAGACAGGUGGUCUGAGGUUCGCUGAUCUGCUGGACCGGGUUUCGGCGGUGGACCCUGAAAUUAGGAUACGGUUCACGGCAGCUCAUCCCAAAGAUUUUCCCGACGAGGUUUUGCGCGUGAUAUCGGAGCGAGACAACAUCUGCAAGCUGCUGCACCUGCCCGCGCAGUCUGGGUCUAGCGCGGUGUUGCGGCGCAUGCGCAGGGGACACUCGCGCGAGGCCUAUCUGCAGCUUGUGGACACGGUGCGCGACACUGUGCACGGCGUUGGUCUAUCGACAGACAUGAUCUGUGGGUUUUGUGGUGAGACCGAGGAAGAGUUCCAAGAGACACUAUCUCUGAUGGAGAUAGUGGGGUACAACAUGGCCUUCCUGUUUCCUUACAGCAUGAGGGAGAAAACCACAGCGUACCGCCGAUACAAAGACGACGUCCCCGAGGCAGUGAAAAAAGAGCGCCACAGUCUUAUGAUUGAAGUAUAUAGACGAAAAUGUCAAAUACUCAACGAAAAAGAAAUUGGCGCCACACAUUUAGUCCUAGUGGAGGGAAUCGCCAAGAAAACCGGCCAAAUAGUAGGCAGAAACGAGUUUUAUUUGAAAGUACUGUUCGACAAAAUGGAGGUGCUAGACCAAGAUGGCGGCAAAAGGGCGCCAAAACCGGGCGAUUAUGUCGCUGUCAAAAUUGUUGGCGCGAAAAGUUCGGUGCUAAGCGGAAUACCGUUGUAUCAUAGUAGUAUUAAAGAGUUCUAUAGGGAAAGAUGUUGGGGCGACAGGGCUAUUAAUUUGUAGACAUAAAUAUAUUAGAUUAAGAUUAAUUAAAAAAGUAAAUAAGUUUAAAA